AAGCCGCCAGUGGAAGAGCUGGCGACAGACGGAGACGGGAAGGGAAAGGGAGAGACAGACUGGGGGAGACAGACAAGAGACAAGGAAGACGAGCCACGAAAGAGAGAGCGUCUCACCUCAACUGACCGUCUGUUACGGUACCGAGCGUCACGUCGAGGUGUGACAGCGGCAGAAUAAUAACCGGAGAGGAGAUGUGACUGAGCUGUUUUAUCUUCAUUUUGUUUUUGUUUUUUUGAAACACAGAGCUUAUUUCACAACCGACGUAAACACACACGGCUGCAGUGAUCCCUUCAUCCCAGGCCUUGUGGAUUCUCUUUCUGCCUUUAUCUGAAGGAAUGCCCUAUUGAUUCCUGCUUUAUAACAAAGCACAUUGAUCCCAGUGAGGUUGUUGGAAAGGCCUUGAUCAGAGCUAUGUCAACACUCCAUCAGGAUAUUUCAAGUCAAGAAGGACUACAGUAGAAGAUUCUUUUGGGACAUUCAUCUUAACAUUUUUCAGCUUUUACUGAGUUUUUGUCUAAUUUUGAGAAUGUAUUUUUGAUUUACUUGAUUUCUUCAUUUGAAGCGGACACAUUUUCAUCUCUACGGUAAACGCACCAUAUUCUCCUACCAUGUACGGUAGCUCCCGUUCCGUCUCAAAGCUAGACGUUGUUGGAUCCAAUGGCAACGGGUCGGUGUCCGGGAGCCCCGGUCGCUCCCCGCGCCUCCCUCGCUCCCCGCGCCUUGGACACAGGCGGAACAGCAGCAGCAGCUCCACCGGCGGACUCACCGGCUCCUGCAAAACCCUGUCCAUGGAGAAUAUUCAGUCUCUGAAUGCCGCCUACGCUACGGGCGGUCCCAUGUACUUCACCGACACGUGCGACGACCCGAUCGGCAUCGGGAGCCUGAGCAGUGGGCUGAACCCCUCGAUGCCCAAAAGCACCAUGACCCUGGGCAGGGCCGGGGCCAGGAUCCCCUAUGGGGUCAGGGCGGCCAUCAUGGGGAGCAGUCCCAACAUUAACUCUGGAGGGGGAGGUGGUGGGAUGCCCAGUGAUGCAAUAGCCUUUGGGGGGGAUAUGCAAAACCAGCCUCAACAGGCGGCUACUGUGCCUCACUCCAUGAGACAGGUGAGAGACGGUGCGAUGUCGGACCUACAGACACAGUUAAGAGAAGUGCUGAGGGAGAACGAACUACUACGCAGAGAACUGGAGGCUAAAGAGUCCAAGUUGAGCUCCUCUAUGAACUCCAUUAAGACUUUUUGGAGUCCGGAGCUGAAGAAAGAGAGGGCUCUGAGGAAGGACGAAGCCACGAAGAUGUCCGUGUGGAAGGAACAGUACAGAGUGGUGCAGGAGGAAACACAGCAUUUUCAGUGCACCAUCCAGGCUUUACAAGAUGAGCUCAGAAUCCAGCGAGAUCUCAACCAGCUCUUCCAGCCCGAUUACUCCGAGUCCAAUCACUUCGGUAACCAGAACAUCCCCCCUCAGGAAAUGACAGAGGAGAACUUCCUGCGUCUCCACGGGGAGUACGAGCGUCAGGUGAAGGAGCUCUUCCUCCUCAGGAAGACCCUGGAAGAAAUGGAGCUGAGGAUAGAUACACAGAAACACACGCUAACUGCCAGGGAUGAAUCCAUAAAGAAGUUACUGGAAAUGUUGCAGAGCAAAGGCCUGUCGUCAAGGGCAACAGAGGAGGACCACGAACGGACGAGGCAACUGGCCGAUGCUGAGAUGACCAUCCACCAGCUGGAGGGCCUACUGGAGCAGAGAGACAAGGAGAUGCUACAACUCAGAGAGGAGCUGCACAGGAGAUACGAAGCAGCUCCAGAAUCAACAAAGACCAAGGCCCUGCAGACCGUCAUCGAAAUGAAGGAUGCCAAGAUCAGCUCGAUGGAGCGCAUCAUGAGAGAGCUGGAGGACGAGGUGAACAUGCUCAAGUCCAACGGGGCUCUGAGCAGCGAGGAGAGGGAGGAGGAGAUCAAACAGAUGGAGGUCUACAGAUCCCACUCCAAGUUCAUGAAGAAUAAGGUUGAGCAGCUGAAGGAGGAGCUAACUCACAGCCAGUCAGAAAAGGAGGAGCUAAGUCAACGAGCCAAUGAGCUCCAGCGGGAGUUGUCCGCAAUUGAACAGGCAAAGCAGGAUCUGGGUCGUAAGGACAGCGAGCUUUUGGCUUUCAGGACCAAACUGGAAACUCUGAACAAUCAGUUUUCUGACAGUAAACAACACGUGGACGUACUCAAGGAGUCCCUCACUGCCAAGGAACAGAGGGCCGCCAUACUGCAGACUGAGGUGGAUGCGCUGCGUCUCCGUCUGGAGGAAAAGGAGUCUCUCCUCGCUAAAAAGAGUCAGCAGAUAUCCGAGGUGACAGAGGAGAAGAGCACUCAGCAGGGAGAGAUCAGCGACCUCAAAGACAUGCUGGACGUCAAGGAGCGCAAAGUCAACGUGCUGCAGAAGAAGAUAGAGAACCUCCAGGAUCAGCUGAGAGAUAAAGAGAAACAGCUGGGAGGACUGAAAGACAGAGUCAAGUCUUUACAAACGGACACCUCAAACACGGACACGGCACUGGGAACACUGGAGGAGGCUCUGGCUGAGAAGGAGCGGAUCAUCGAGCGGUUGAAGGAGCAGCGGGAGAGGGAGGAGAGAGAAAAGGGGGACGAGAUGGAGUCCAGCAAGAAGGAGUUGAAGGAGUUGAGGGAGAAAGUCUCCCAUCUGCAGGCUGACCUGGCUGACCGCGAGACCUCAGUGCUGGAUCUGAAGGAGAAGGCUUCCUCUCUGGCUUCCUCCACUCUGAAGAAGGACAACAGGCUGAAGAGUCUGGAGAUCAACCUGGAGCAGAAGAGAGAGGAGUGUGUCAAACUAGAGAACCAACUCAAGAAGGCUCAGGGUGCAGCGAAAGAUUCCCAGGCCAACACUGAACUCUCUGAACGCAUCUCCUGCCUGGAGCAGGAAGUGACCCGGCACAAAGAGGAUGCUGGGAGGGCCCAGUCCGAGGUGGAACGACUUCUGGAGAUCCUGAGGGAGAUGGAGAACGAAAAGAACGACAAGGAGAAAAAGAUCCACGAACUGGAGAGGCAGAUGAAGGACCAGUCCAAGAAGGUGGCCAACCUGAAACACAUGGAGCAGCUGGAGAAGAGCCGGAACGCCCAGAUGAUGGAGGACGCCAAGAAGAGAGAGGACAAUCUGAACGAAAGCUCCCUGCAGAUAAAGGACUCCCUCCGUCUGAAGGAGGAGCGCAUUGAGGAGCUGGAGGAGGCGCUGAGGGAAAGCGUUCAGAUCACCGCCGAGAGGGAGGUGGUGCUCGCCCAGGAGGAGCAGGCGCGCACACACUCCGAGAAACAGGUGGAGGACCUGCUGGUUGCCAUGGAGAGGGUGAAACAGGAACUGGAUGUGAUGAAAGCCAAGCUGUCAUCAACUCAACUCUCACUGGCCGAGAAGGAAGGUCACCUGACUGCCCUGCGGGCCGAGAGGCGGAAGCACCUGGAGGAGGUCCUGGAGAUGAAGCAAGAGGCCCUGCUGGCAGCCAUCAGUGAGAAAGACGCCAACAUUGCCCUGCUGGAGCUUUCCUCAUCCAAGAAGAAGAAAACCCAGGACGAGGUGGCAGCUCUGAAGAGAGAGAAGGAUGGUCUGGUUCAUCAGCUCAAACAGCAGACUCAAAACCGGAUGAAGCUGAUGGCGGACAACUAUGAGGACGACCACCUGAAGGUUUCCACUCCAAACUCAGAGCAGCCCAACAAUCACAAGCCCUCCCCGACCCAGAUCCUCUCUCCUCUCCUGGAUCUCAAUCAGAAUCGCAGUAAACUGAAGCUGUACAUCAGCCACCUGACCUCACUGUGUCAGGAGCGAGACCCAAUCAUACUGCAGGACUUCGCCCCGCCCCCCGCCUAUCACCGCUCUGACUCCGCCUCCUGGCAUACGCAGCUGCACAGCAUGACACACGAACAGUUGGAGGCGGAGUUAGCGCUGUGCGAGAGGGAAGGGGCGGAGCUCCAGGAGUACGCCAAUCAGGUCCUGCAGCAGAUCGCCGAGCGAUGCCCCGACAUUUUGGAACAAGUGGUCAACGCCCUCGAGGACAGCUGCUGACACACGACGAGUGCACAUACACACUGACAGAAACACAAAUAAGCUUAUACAUACAUUAAUUAAAGCACGCAGAGUCCGAAAGCAAGCAAACACACACAGGACCAUUAGAAGUCGCCAGCAAACGCCCAUGAUCCCUUCCUACACAACUUAAAUCACAGGAUGAGGACUUCCUCACUCAUCUCAUUUUUGGAAAAAACACGUCAUUACUGAAAAAUAUUCUUCCAAUGUGUCUUUAGUCUCUAUCAUUUUUAAAACACAGUGCCAGCUGAGGGAAAUAUCGUCAAUUUUUCAGUUCACAGUGCAUUGUUGGCAUGCUAGUUUUUGAGACGUCAAACAAGUAUUUUCCUAACUACUUCGAAACAGAAGAAGCCUUCACUGCUCUCGCCAUCUGUGACACUUUGCAGCGGCCAUCUUGUGUCCUUUAAGGCAAUCAGCAGACUUGUUAACGUGACUUGAUGUGUAUCGUCUGGGGGAAAUAAUUUGAAGAAAAAGGGUGAAUGUGGGUCGAGCUUGCCAGGUUGUUUCUGAUGCCAGACUUACACGCUGUUACCACAUUGUUAUUUGAUUGGUUCAGACUCAAAAAUGUGUUUAUUUCAGCUGCCUUUGAUUCUUUACAUCAUUUGCUGCUAUCUUUUUAACCUUUAGUUUCUUUUUUCAUUUUGUCCUGAUGAAACGUCCCAACUUGCAGAUUCUUUCAGCAGUAACCUCUAGAUAGUUGUGUAUAUUGUAAAGAGAGAAAUUUAAUUAACAGCUUUUGUCAGGGGAUCGUAAUACUUUUGUCUAUUUUUUUCCCAUUAUUAAUGAAUGGCACACCACAUUAAAUCUCGCAAUACUCCCUUUAUUAAAACACACCAGUGUAGAGGUUUAGUGUUUCUUUUUAACCUAAGAAAGUUCAGUUAUGGUGUCCAUGCUGAAAUUAGAUUGUGUUCAGACAAUCCCUCACUUACCUUUUUCAGACAAUCCUUAUAGAGUAACUCUGAUUUAAUUUCCCCUUCUUGAAGCAUCUUUUUUCAUGGGAGGUGGGGAAUAUUAAAUAAUUUCUAUAUAUUUUUUUUUUUGCUUUUGGUAAUAUAUAUAUAUAUAUAAAAAACACUUGUUUAAUUGAAAAUAUUGUCAUGUAUGGGUUUUUUUUGUGAUUAACAAGUAACCGCAGAUUUGUUCUGUCAGCAGGAGUGUUUUUGGGAACCUAUAUUGCACCUACAUGAGGCUCUGUGUCCGUCGGGAACACUUCAUCAGAAUCAGUUUCUCGUUCUUGUAGUUUACAGUGGAAAUGACACUCUGAUGCAUGUUUCCCACAGCGCUGACAGCAUUAGCAUGAUUUCAACGCUAACAGCACCAAGCACUAGAGGUUCCAAUGUUUUCAACUUCAAUCAAAAGUUCCUCUAACUGUUUUGGGUUUUUUUGUCUUAUACUGUAGUGAGUGCUGAAACCGUGACUGGCCACAUGCAACUGUUUAGUGCUGCUCCGUUAAAAGAAAUACCUGGUGGAGACAAAGCCUAAAGAUGGGGAUUUACACUGCACUCAAAUCAGAUUUUACACCAUCAUAAGGCUUUCUGUGUAUUAAAAAAGCCCAAAUGGAUGUAAAUGAGGAGUUUUGUUCCAUAAUAUCACAUGUUUGGUUUGAGGUGUAAGUACCUCACAUGUUACAAGUUUGAAAUUGCUCACGACUCCAAUGAUCAUUGCUAGAUUGUGUGAUGUUUGACAAAGUGUCUUAUUUUGGAAUGAAACUCCAUCAGAUACGAGCUUGUGUUGUAAAUCCAGUAUUAUGUUGUCUGUUUUAUACUGAUAAUGUUUUAGAACGGUGAUGACUGGGACUCACCGUGACCUUGUUGUGAAUUGAAAAUGAAGACAAUGGAAUAAAAUAUGGAUUUAUCUUAAUUUCAUUUUGGAAGGAUUCUGUCUGUGAUUUGAUCUACAGUAUCUC